CUGGACUGGAGGGGCGAGAGGAGGAUAAACUGAGCGGACAAAGAUGUAAAUAAAAACAGUCGUCCCCCAGCUGAGCGAGGCGUUCUUCAUCAGAGUUUUUGGAUCAAUCAGGCAGACAGUGGCUCCUUUUGAUUAAACCCCAAAUUGUCAUUGGGCAGAGGUAAUCAUGUGACAGGCAAUUCGGUCCAAUUUCAACCUUGUCUCCAUGAAUUCAAUAGUUUAAUAGUAGCUCGGUCCCCAUACGGCCGUAAUCAGUGAUAUAGAAAAAAACACCACCAGGAGAUUUUUUUAAUGAUUUUUUCUUUCUCGUCCUCACUGAGCCGCAACAUUUAUAAAAAUACGCGUGCAAACUUUCCUCGGCUCUCAGGGAGCGGAGAUGAAUUACGAAUUCGAGCGAGAGAGCGGUUUUAUCAAUAGUCAGCCGUCGCUUGCUGAGUGCCUGACAUCUUUCCCCCCUGUCGCUGAUUCAUUUCAAAGUUCAUCAAUCAAGAGCUCGACGCUUUCACGCCCGACACUGAUUCCUCCUCCCUUUGAGCAGACCAUUCCCAGCCUGAAUCCGGGCAGCCAUCCGCGGCACGGCCGGCCCAGACACAGCCCCGACGGAUGCAGCCCGCUGCCCACCGCCUCCUUACCCCCGGAGUACCCCUGGAUGCGGGAGAAGAAAGCCUCCAAGAGGAACCACCUGCCGACCUCCACCGCUACCACCAUCUCCAAUGGACCCGUGUGCUUUUCUCCAAAAGGCUCGCCUGAGAUUGUGGAGAGCGGCGGAGGAGGAGGAGGAGGGGGCUCCCGUCGGCUGAGGACAGCGUACACCAACACACAGCUGCUGGAGCUGGAGAAGGAGUUCCACUUCAACAAGUAUCUGUGCCGGCCGAGGAGGGUGGAAAUAGCGGCCCUGCUGGACCUGACCGAGAGGCAGGUGAAAGUCUGGUUCCAGAACCGGCGCAUGAAGCACAAGCGGCAGACCCAGAGCAAGGAGAACCACAACGGGGAGGGGAAAGGGCCGGGCGCCGAGGACGGCAUCCAGAGCGACGAGGAGGACGAGGCCCCCCUGUACGAGCGGAGCGGGGCCCUGCUGGAGAGAGAUACCUGCUCCUUUCAGAACAACUCUCUAAGCUCCACUCAGCAGCUCCACAAUAGCGAGUCCAUGAGCUUUGCUGCUGCGCCGCUGAACAGCAAUGACAAAAAUCUGAAACAUUUUCCCAACCCGUCACCCACUGUUCCGGGCUGCAUGUCAACAAUGGGCCCAGGCUCGGCAUCUGGCCCGGACAAUGGCGACAGUCCCCCGGCCCUGGAUGUUUCUAUACACGAUUUUCAACCUUUCUCCUCGGAUUCCUGCCUACAGCUCUCCGAUGCAGCCUCGCCGAGCUUGUCAGAGUCUCUGGACAGCCCCGUGGACAUUUCUACGGACAGUUUCUAUUUUUUCUCGGAGUCUCUAACUACAAUCGACCUGCAGCAUCUGAACUAUUAACUGAAAUCAAUCACAAUACCUUUCUUUUUUCCCCCUCUCUCGGGACAAUUAAUAUCAGGCUACGAUGGUUUUAACUCUGAUGUUAUUUGUAUAUUCGGCACAUUUAUUCUGUUGAUAUUUGACUUGACGAUUAAUACAAGGUAAGGAUGAAAUGAAAUCACUGAAAUAGCUCUACUCUAAACGUGGCUUGUAAUUGCCAUAACAAAUUGAUCUCUUGGAAUGGAAAUUAUGAGUGUAUGUGAAUAGUUAUACAAUAUUAGGCCUAUGGAACCUGGUCGUUUUAUUUUUGUAUAGCUUCCAAUGUCUUGGAUAUUUUUGUUAGAAUACAAUUAACUUCCUACAAUCCUUU